AUGGCUCCGAACACAAAGGCUAAUGAUCCCUCUUUGAGAUGUCUAAAACUGUUGCAUUGGCUUACCAUCGUGUGUACAACUUGUGUCAGUCUUGCCCUUAUAGGAAUCGCUAGUUAUCUUAUCCACUGGUUUCGAUCAAAUGAUUUUACGAGAAAUUAUAACUACGUUGUCAUACCAGUUAUCCUUCUCUGCAUCGGAUUUACUACAAUACUGGUCUGUAUCCUUGGCGUGUAUGGGAGCAAAACAGAUAACCUCUGCAUGCUUAAGUUGUACGCAGGAAUUACGUGCAUUCUUCUCCUGCUGGAAAUAUGCAUUUCACUUGCAGCAGCGAUACUGAAAAACAAUCUAGAAAACUAUGUCAUUGAUGUUAUGAAGGACUUAGUGAGCAAUUAUGCCACUAGCAAUGAGACCAAGAAUAAAAUGGAUCUCAUUCAAAGUGAGUUUCAAUGUUGUGGAAGUAACAGUGCUAUUGACUACAGAAAUAUGAGUCUGCCAAUUCCGUCUUCUUGUUGUUUUCGGCCCAACUGUGUGGACAAAGACAUUUUCCCAAAGGGCUGUACGGUCGUACUAACCUCAUAUUUAAACCACAAGAUGCUAAUGAUGUCAAUUUCCUCCUUCGUGGCGUCUGUGGGAAACGCUUUUGCGUUCGCCUUUGCUAUCCUCUACGUUCGCAAUCUGAACCGCUACAACCAAAUCAAGUAG